AUGAUGCGGUUUCCCACUCUUUUAGCUGUAUUAAUGGCGGCCACCGCGCAAGGCCAAAGCACUUCAGAGCAGUCAAUGACCACGAGCGCAGUUUCAUCAGGCUCGACUUCUAGCGGCACUCAUAUCCCAAUUUUCGGCGUCGGGACCAUCACAAUUCCAGUCUCUGGUGUGGCUGGCAGCAUCGUUGGAGUCGACUCAACUGCCACCACGAUUGCGCUGAACUGCUUGAAUAACACAAGUUGUGUUAUUGGAACCAAACCAGUUACCUUGACCCAAGGCCCAUCGACAUUGAUCGCCGAUAUCGUCACUCAAACUGAUAUAGAAGGAAACAGCGGGACAAUUACAGCCGCCGUGGCCUGCAAUAUUAUUUCUAGUACGMAAGCCGCGACUUGCACUGCGACGGGUACGGUCAGCUUCGGAGCCCAAGGCCAAAGUUCCGCCAUUACGAUCACCACCACCACGACCAUACCUUCUAGCCGAAUUACCUAUGAACAACUCUUGAUUACGGGCGGUGUUGAGAAGCUGAACAAUCUUUCAGCUACUCAUACGUCGAGCGGCGCCGCUGGCCUUGUCGCUGCACCACUUCCAACGGGCAAUAUGGCAAUUGGCGUUGGUAGUAUGGCUGCAGCGGCUGUUGUUGCUGUUGCUGGAAUGCUUUAA